AUGUUCAAAUAUAUACGACCUAUACGGAGUAUAAGAGGUUUACACCAAAUCAAGCAUUCCUCAGAAACCAUCGGCCAUGUGCUUGAUAAAUUUGCAAAUAAUCCACGUCCCUCAACAUUGGAACCCAUAAAAUAUCCAAUAGCAGCAGCAACAGCACCACCCCCACCGGGAUACAACAUACUGAGGUCCAAAUACAGUUCAGAAAUGGAUGCACUUGUAAAAUUUGUUCAGGCUAAAGGCAACGAAAUAAAGUCUCACAUAUCGAAAUCCGAAGCCAUGGACAUCUUGGAAGAAUAUAUUUCCGGAUCGUCAAAAAUCAAUAAGAUCCACUCAAACUUGACGCCUAAGCAAAGACAGUUGCUCAAAAUUGCGGCAGCGAAGGCAAAUAAGGGGAUAAGGAAGGAAGAUUACGCAAUUCGGGGGAUUAUUGGCCUUUAUAUGAAGCGGAAUUGGCUUGUAUGGAAUUACACAUUGUCUAAUAAUGGAAUACACGUUGCCGAGGAUACAGAAACAGGUUACGAUUUUUCAAUAAUAGACUCUGAAGAGGAUUUUGGAGACUCUAAUUGGGAAGAAGGCAGUGAGAAUGAAAAUGAACGGGAAGUGAGAAAAGAUAAAGAAGCUGGUGUUAAGCAGAAGAACGAAGCAGCUGCUGCUUAUGCAGGCCAUAAUGAUGGAGGUUAUGUUAGUAUGUUGAAGAGAUUAGGGAAAGUUCACCGGAGCUCUAUUGUCCAUGUAUUACCUCAAAUGACAAUGCUGCAAGCACAUCCGACUAUUAACCACGCAAUUUUAGAGGAGAAGGAUAUAGACAGAUUACAGAAUUUCCUUACUUCUGCCAACGAGACAAGUAAGUACAGAGAAGAACUUGUAUUCAGGGCUAAAACCAAUUACGAACUCACCAAGAGUAUGAUGGAUGGUGAAAAUACUUUGAUUCGUGGCGAUUUCUUCUAUCCAGAGUGCAUCCCUGGGACGCAAAUCCAUUUGAACGAUAUUUUAUUUCGGAGAUGCAUUGCCCUACAGGAUUCACUACGAGUGAAAGAUCCCAUGUUCGCCGUAAUGGUCUAUCAGGAUGGUUCGAGUAGUGUGUUGGAUAAUGCUGAUGGAGUUGUAUGGGAUGGUGAGAUUGAAAACGUGUUUACUAUGUUCCCAAAACUAAAAAGCCCGCAGAGCUUCCAGAAGAAUUUUGUCAGGUUUGUUAGCAGAGGAUGGAUUCCUGUACUGGCCAGAGAAAAAGAAAUCGUCAUGGUCAAAUCUAAGCAAGAAUACUACAGACAAAUUAUCAAAAAAUUGGCUAUUGGUGGCUUAAGUAUAGGCGUGACAGUGGGGACCGCAUCAUAUUACAGUGGAUUUAUAUAG